AUCUGCGCAUUCUGAUUGGUCAGUCUUACGCUAGCAGAGAUCUCAUUUAUUUGAUGUUUUUGCCCCAAAAUUACAGUUUUGCAAUCGUUUCGUGCUUUGAUUCUUGCACUCCUUCUGGAUAACAACUUUGUAGUCGUUGAUGGCUUCAGUCGGGGAGAGUCAGCUCCGGGGUGAGGCAGGCCCCCAUGUUGCUGCACAUCUUCAGUGUCCCUUGUGUGGGAAUUUCUCCAAAAGCCAUGCUCACCAACUGUCCCACAUGGCUACCACCCACCCCACCUGCCUGGAUGAUGUGGCCAUGGGUCGCCUGGGGAACAUCAUAAUAUAUCAGAUUGGCGCCCAGCUGUUCCACUGUGCAGAGUGCUUUUACACCAGCAGAGACUUCAGCAAACUGUACCAGCACAUCAUCGCCCAGCACUGUUUGGAUGAGACGGCGGGAGGAGUCGCUGACGGGGAAGAUAACGAGAGUGAGAAGGGGGACAAGGAAGCCGAGGAGGAUGCGAAGGAAGCCGAUGAAGAAGAUGCCACACCACCUGUGGGAAAGAGUAGUGGGGAGGAGGAAGACGGCGCCUCCCAGAGGAUGGAUUCAGUCAAAGCGGACAACACGGUGCUCCUCUUUAAAAAAGGGGUGUACCACUGCCUGAUUUGCAGCUGGAAAAACAAGCUGAAAGUGCAGGCCAUCAGCCAUGUGGUGCGCAAACACAGCAUCCCCCAGGUGUAUGUCAUCCAAAGGAUCAAACGAGACACCACGGCUUACACUUCACCCAAACAUUUGAGUAGCGGCACAGAAGAGGAGGAGGAGGACAAGAUGAGUGCCGCCCUCCUGAAGGAGGAAAUGGAGGCGACGGCCCAGGUGGUCCAGUUCACCUCCAACCGCUACGUCUGUCUCAUCUGUGGCUGGAAGACCAAAAUGAAAGGUUUUGUCAUAAGUCACGUGGUGCGUUGCCAUGACGUGGAGCGGCCUUACAGCUGCAAAGGCUGCCAUUCCUCCUUCUUCCUGCCAAGCCAACUGCAGCAGCACGUCAGAGCCGCUCACCGCCCGGGACGCUUCAUCUGCCCCUUCUGCAGCUUCAGGUCGCACUUCCUGGGCGGCUUCCGAAGGCACUGCAGCCGAUGCAAGGAGGGGGAAGGGGUGGAGGGCUUGGCCAUGGACGAGGAGGCCGUAGGGGCAUGGGGCCAGGUGGAAACUAAAGCAACUAGAGCUGGGAGGAAGAGAGCACGGAGGUUGAUUGCAGAGGGGGAAGAGGAGAUGAUGUAAUGUCCAGCUGAUUAAAUAUGUCGCUAUCCAAGUCAAUGAAGAUUUAUUGAGUACCCCUAAAAUAUCAACCCAUCAUUUUCUUGACAAAAAUUGAAAGGAAAAAACAUCAAAGGUUCUCUCUGACAAACAGUAAAGGAGGCACAAAUGUUUAGCUUCUCCACAUAAGGAAGAGAUUUACAAGAAUUUUCUGCAAUAAAAGAUGUCAAACUAAAGCA